AUGUCUACUAGUAUCUACGAGGGUCUCGUCGACAUGAUCUCUCUCUUGUUUAGCCUCUUUACUUCUGCGGUCGCGGCUCGCGACACUUUCUACCCACCACUCAACCACACCACCUUCAUCACCAAUACUUCGCUAGGAACCUACGGGGGGAUCUACUCAGCCCCAGCGGACCAGGCCAGCUCGCCUUCUGCCGACGAUGUCUACAACUAUUGCUCCAUGCCUCACCCCCGCCUCGAGACCUACAGCCUCCCCCUUCCCAUCGUCAAUGGCUCUACCUCCGGUCGCCUAGUCUAUCUGGAAUACCUGCAGCGUCACCAACGCAGAACCCCCUACAAUAUUCUUCCAGGCGGCGAGAACCAAGCAUAUAACUGCAACAACCUACAGCCCUUCCUGUACGCUGCGCCGACCUCCCAAAACCCGUCUCCGCUACACGUUUACGCGCAGUCAUACUCAGAUCCGACCAACCCGUUCCUUGCGACUUACGUAAAUGGGUCCUGCCAAUAUCCACAACUCACGGUCGGGGGCUUCUUGGAUGGAUAUCAACACGGUCGCGAUCUUCGAGCAGUAUACCUAUACAAACUACAUCUCAUUCCGUCGGAUCCGGCCGAGGAGAGCGGCCGAAAGGUCUGGCUACGUAGUAGUAGCUCCGCCCUCACUCAAGAAUCUGCGGGCGGUGUCUUGAGAGGACUUUGGCCAGAGUAUCAGGGGUCAUUGCCCCUGCAUCAGCAGGCAGCCAGUGUCGACACUGUCGACCAGGGUUUUUCUUGUUCUGCACGGAGCGACCUUCUCUCGGCGAUCGAAUCGACUCCCGUGUGGAAAGAGCAUUUGACGGUUACCGCGUCGCUCCGCAACCAGCUGGCCGACAUGUUCGAUGCCAACACGUCGAGCUGGAUGUCCACCUUUGACCACUUUGCCGACAACUUCCAGGCCCGCCUGUGCAACGGCUACAGCUUGCCAUGUAGCCUCAAAGACGAAUCUCGGUGUGCGACUCAACAGCAGGCGGAUGAGGUCUUUCGAGCCGGAGACUGGGAAUGGAACUACUGGUGGAGACACAACGCCAAUGCUACGCGCUACAUCCAGCUUGUGGAGGGCUUGUUCAUCGGCGAGGUUGUGCAGCACCUGGAAGCAGUGGCCAAGGGCACGUCGACAUUGGUCUACAGCCACAGCUUUGUGCAUGAUGGAGAUCUGGGACCGGUCCUCGGUGCGUUGGGGAUCAAGGCGCUGCGUUGGCCGGGAAUGGGAUCGAACCUUGCCUUUGAGAUAUGGGAAACGGCGGACUCUGAGCACUACGCCCGAGUUCUAUACAGUGGGCGUGCCAUCGAGACGAUCCAUGGAACUCUAGACUGGGUCCCAUUGUCAUCUUUGCUCGCCAUCCUAAGACCCUUUGUGCCUGAAGAUAUUGUCUCUAUGUGCAGCGCGGCCUGA